GCAGGUCCACCGGUGUCGGUUCACAGACUACGUGCCGCAGGCAAUCAAUGCGAUGGAGUUCACACCGCGGACAUGGAAGUGGCCGCUGCUGGCAGUUGGGCGGGGCAACGGCGACAUUGAGCUGUGGCGGGUGAAGCGCAACCUGGUGUACGAGAAGACGAUCCCGGGAGUGGUGAACGGCUCGCUGGAGACACUGGCGUGGGCACACCAGACGGAGCUGACGCAAGACGAUAUGGAGCUGUUUGACACGAAGGAAGAGCAGGCGCGGGAGCGGGAGCGGCUGCGCAGCAGCAGCCCGCGGCUGUUCUCGGCGGGACUGAAUGCGGUGAUUGUGGAGUGGGACCUGGCAACGCUGACGCCGCGACGCGCAGUGGACUCGUAUGGCGGAGCAGUGUGGUGCAUGGCAGUGAACAACGCGCAGACGCAGCUGGCGGUGGGCACGGAGGACGGACAUAUCCGGAUCUUCGACAUCGCAGGCGGGGAGCUGGCGUACGUGCGGUGCUACGACCGGGUGCGCAGCCGCAUCCUGGCAGUGGCGUGGGGGGCAGAUGACGCGACGGUGGUGACGGGAUCGGCGGACGGAUCGGUGCGGGUGUGGGGUGCGGACGGACACGUGGCCACGCGCAUGACGGUGCCCAAGGAAGGGGCGGAGGCGACGCUGGUGUGGGCGGUGGCAGUGCUGCGCGACGGCACAGUUGUGUCGGGGGACUCGCGCGGCCACGUGAUGUUCUGGGAUGCGGCGAUGCGGGUGGUGCAGCAGGACUUCAAGGCCCUGGGCGCCGACGUGCUCAGCCUGGCAGUGGACCGUGCGGGCCAUACGGUGUUUGCGUCGGGCGUUGAUCCGAAGAUCACGCAGUUCCGGCUGUUCGUGGGUGGGGCCGAGGCCACAAACACGACGUCGAUGGCGCCGCGCAAGUGGCAGCUGACGGGGUUCCGGCGGUACCACACGCACGACGUGCGGGCGCUGGCGCUGGAGACGAGCAAGGGUGUCAAUCUGCUGGCGUCGGGCGGUGUCGACACGCAGGUGACGGCCAUGCGGGCCCGCAGCUUCCCCGACCGUGCGCCGCACCGCCAGCCGUGCUUCCCGCCGCUCAGCACCGUGGCCAGCGUGGCUCCCCAGGCUGGACUGGUGCUGCAGCGCCAGGGCGCCCAGCUCAAGGUGUGGGCGCUGGGCCAGGCUGCACCGCUGGCUCCGGCGCUGGCCGAGCAGAUGGAGAGCGGCACGGCGGUUGCAGCGCCAACGCCCGCCGAUCUGCUGCGCAUGGACGUCAAGACUCGCACGUCGCUCACGUGCAGCGCGAUCUCGGCCUCGGGCCAGUUCAUCCUGGCGUCCGAUGCCGUCGGCCCCAAGCUGUUCCACGUGGCCGGUCUGCAGCCUGGCAGCGACCGCGUCCGCGUCAAGCGUGUGCGCUGCUUCCCGCCUGCUGACUUUGUGCCGGCCGAGUCGGCGAACCGCGGCGUGGUGCAGGCGCGGUUCACGUCGGACGAGUCGCGUGUGGUGCUGGCGACGGCUGACGCGUACGUGGUGGUGGUGGAUGUGUCGCAGUGGCAGCAGGGCCGCACGGUGACCGAGCGCCGGCUGUGCGCUCACCGCUGCACUGAGGCCGAGACUGCGGCUGAUGCGCUGUGCGAUGACGGUGUGCCGACGCAUGCGGGCCGCGCGCGCAAGCAGGCGGGGGCUCUGGCGCCGCUGCGCACGAUUGUGCAUAUGGCGGUCUCACGUGACGACACCCUGGUGGCCACUGCCGACACCGCGGGCACCGUAGCUGUGUCGCGGCUGGACGGCUCGCAGCAGCUGGUGGUGCCGCGGCUGGGCCAGGGCAGCGCGUGCGUGACGGCUUUGGGGUUCAGCCUGGCCAACCACGUGCUGCUGGCUACCAGCGACAACCGCAUCUACGCCUGGGACGCCCACGCGCAGCGUCUGACGCCCUGGUCGCAGCAGUACUCGGACGCCCACAUCCCGCGGCCGUUCCGCGAGCAGGACUGCUGCAUUGCGGGCUUCCUGGUGAACCCAGCCGAGCCGCAGUGCGUCUAUGCCUGGGCCACCACCCAUAUCACGCGCAUCGACCUGUCGCAGGCCCCCGGCCCGCGCGAGACUCUGCUGAACAUCCACAAGCGCAAGCAGAUUGAGCAGGAGAUCAUUUCCCGCGUGGUCGAGGAGAAGGACGUGGCCCGCCGCCGGCUCGAGCGCCAGCACGCGAAGCGCGUGGCCAAGCUGCCGGCCGAGCUGUCGAUGGAGGAGCGCGCCGAUGCGCUGGAGCGCGACUGGGAGGAGACGGUGGUGGCGCGUCUGCGUGAGGCCGGCAUUGAUGUGCGGCAGCCGAACAACUUCCGCAUGACGCAGCGCUACCAGAGCCUGAUGGCCGCCGAGUUCCUAGCCGACGACGCCAUGGUGGUGGUCGAGCGGCCCUGGAUCGACGUUGCUGCUGCUCUGCCGUCUGCCUACCACCGCCGCCGCUACGGCCAGUAAAACCGACUAUCUUUUUAUUUCCCUAAAACACAAU